AUGGCAAACCAGCUCUUGGGCCUCAACGCUGGAGUGCAAGUGGGUCCUCCCAACGGGCCCAACGAGCCGCUGCCACCCGAUCCGCCUUUGAACCUUGGUUUCUUGGGCGCUAUCCUGGCGAACACGCCCGAAUUCAUGAAGAAAUGGUACCUAUCGUUGGGAGACACCUACGAUGUUUUUCAUUACAUGAGGAGUCUGCGCAGCACCGACAGCGUCGGCAACGUCCAGCAACCUGGACCUCCAAAUUGGCGCGAAGCGCAUCUGCAGCCCGUCCAGAAGAACUUCUACCGCGAGCAUUUCAGGACGGCGUGGCGUUCUCUCGAGCAAGCGGAGAAAUAUCGCGAGGAAAACCGCAUCACGAUUGUGAAGGGGGGCGGCGCUGAAAAGCCACUGCUGCAACUUUACGAAGCCAACUUCCCCGCCUGCUUAGUCGAGGCUCUUGAGGCAAACAACUGCACCUCCGAUCUAUCACCUAUCCAGGCACAGUGCUGGCCCAUAGCUCUCAAGGGCAAAGACCUACUCGCAGUUCUCAGAACCGCAGCUGAAGGCAAGGUCCUGGCUUACAUACUACCAGCCAGCGUUCACGUCCUGCACCAGCCGCCGCUAAAGCCCCACCAAAGCUUCCUGGCCCUCGUACUUGUUCCAACACCCGAGGAUGCCCGCAAAAUUCAGCGAAUGGUGGGCGAACUCGAAACCCACACUGGCGUCCGCGCCACGUGCGUCUGCUCUGGCGAUCCGAAGGAGCAGCAACUGAGGGCUCUGAGUCAUGGUUUCGAGAUCUGCGUCGCGACGCCCGGUCGCCUCCACGCAUUCCUGAAGGAGGGCAAAUUGAACAUCAGUCGGUGCACAUACCUCGUGCUGGACGAAGCGGACCGCAUGGUCGACAUGGGGUUCGAGCAGCAGCUCAUCGCCAUCGCCAAGUACGUCAGGCCCGAUCGGCAGACCCUGAUGUGCAUGUCAAGGAAGCCGAGGGAGCUGUACCGGCUCGUUGACUCACUGCUCAAGGACUACGUUGAAGUUCACUUCGGUGAACGUCAGCCGUUACCAAACCGGAGUGUUGAGCAUGUGGUCUACAUCUCUGCCGUUUCUGAGAAAGAAGCCAGACUAGUAGGACUUUUGGAGGACAUUCUGGACGGGCAAGAGGAAGUAGCAGCGAGAAAAGUCAUUGUGUUUGCCGAAACGAAGAAGCGGGUUGACGACCUGGUAACCAACCUUCGGCGCCGUGACUGGCCGGUCGUCGGCCUCCACGGCGGGACUACGGAGCUCGCGCGGGAUUGGGCGCUGGCAGCAUUCCGCCGAGACAAGACGUCCAUCCUGGUGGCGACCGACGUGGCCACGCGGCAACUGCCCUCAGACGGCGUCCGCUACGUUGUCAAUUACGAUUACCCGAGUAGCGCAGAGGCGUACUCGCAAAGAAUCAGCCACGUCUCGCUCUCGACUAGUGAGCCUGGUGUCGCGUACACGUUUCUCGAGCCGGACAACAGCCGAUGCGCCCGGGAAAUGAUCGGCAUUCUUCGAGAGGCGAAGAGGAAAGUUCACCCGCGACUGUACGCGAUCGCCAAGAAAUCGAAGCGGAGGAAGCGCGAGGGCGUCACCGACGUGUGA